AUGGAGGCCCGCAUGGAUGGCGAUCUGAACUCGCUAUGCCGGAAGCCCGGUUUUGUCUUUGAACAAUUUGACAAUUUCGCGGCCUGCUUCAACGACCUACCGAAUAAUCAAACUUUUAAAGAUCUUGUCCAAACCUGUGUCCGUGAUUACUGCAAAAACCCGGACAGCGAUCUGGGAGGAUGCCAGGGUCUCGAUGCUUAUCAAUUUCCGUAUGAAUUCACGAUUCGAAACGAUAAUGAUUCAUAUACCUUCUAUUCUGGUCCAGCCUGUGGUGGAAUCAACUCGAAUGUCAAUGCAGAUAUCGGCGGGCCUGGGGCUGUUAUUUCGUACUUGUUUCAGCUGGUUAUAAUCCUUUACCUCUGGUUCCUUCUACGUACAUUCAGUUUCACUCCUCGAAUGUUCCGAUUUGCUGGUAUUCUUGCGGCUCGAUUGAAACGAGGUCAAGCCAGAAAGAACGCUGAGGCGCUAGAACACAGAACUAGAGAGUUUCUGGCUGCGCACGGAUAUGUCUUGAAAUCCAUUCUGGUCGAGUAUCAAGAGGCUCAGUGUUGGUUUAUGAUUGCAUGCCAGGCUGCUACCAUGUUUGCCAUGAAAUACAAACAAGUCUUCGAUGCCUCGACCCUAAUGUCCUUGUUAGCGAACAAUUCAGUUGCGAAUAUGGUCGCUGCUGCUGGUAUCCUUCCUGUCGUCUUUGGUCUGUGGAGUUUACUGAGGAUGCACAUGUGUUCCACUUGGAUCUUCUUCCUUUCGACCAUCACCCUCAUAAUGGCGGAAGUCGCAUUUAUAAGGAAUGCCACUAAGUGGCCAAAUAUCAACCGUCUUGCGGCUCUUAGUGGGGAUUGGCCAACUAGCUGUGGAGGCCAACCCCCUCCUAUCAGAUGGUGUGCAAACCCAGAUUUUAUGCAUCACCUAACAAUCCCGCAGAAAUUGUUUGGCUAUGCUCUCGAUCCCUUCUGUUUCGUGGUGUAUGUUUUUUGUCUGGUCGAGUGGCUGGUCCCACGCCUAGGCAAAUGGAUUCGAAUUGACUCCAUUAUCGAGAAAUCUCCUCCGCUCUCUCGACUCUUUAGUGCGUUUCAACAUUUCCGGGCCUCGAGGCGGUUCCUAUACGGCCGCAGAAUUUUUCUCACUGCUGUCGAAGUGCUUCUGCUCGUGGCUUCCAUUGUAUAUGUGGUAAUGUUUAUUCUGAUUGCCGAGGCUGGAACAAUUGACAUAAGUGGGUGGUCCUUCGGGCAAAUUCUCGCUAUCACUCUCUGGGCCCCUGUUAUCGGCAAGUACGUCUACUGGACCAUGUUUGGUACCGAGUCCUACUCGGAAGUCCGCGUUGCCGCCCCGUACAAAAUCGUCAAAAUUGGAGAGAACGAAGACGAUGAUGGACAUGAUAAAGAGUAUGAUCAUGAUCAUGGUCAUGAUAGUCCUUCACCUGUUCUUCCCUUGAGUUCUGAGCCCCUUUCGUCUGAUCAGAAGCAAGAUUAUAUGACUCACGAGAGCCAGUUACGUGCUUAG